AGGUUGGUUAAAAAAAGCCCGACAAGCCAGUCACUCACUUCCUGUUUACGUUUCCACGGAUGAGUUUGAGAACCGAAACAACAGAUAACUUGAGAAACAAACUCCCCAGUACUUCGGUGGCGGCUCGUCUCAGUUAGCCUCCGUCUUCUCUACCGCACCGAGGCACCGGACAGACGGAAGGACCGUCCCUGCCCGUAGAUCAGGACCGAAGAGAGCUAACCGGGGCUAGCAGGUAGCUGGUAGCUAGGCAGCUAGCGAGACAGCUAAAGAAACUCAGCAGCACUUACCUGAGCUCACCGUCUGCCAGCAUGGAGAAUAAAUAUAACCUCAAGAGUCCAGCGGUGAAGAGGCUGAUGAAAGAGGCUGCUGAACUGAGGGAUCCCACAGAGCACUACCACGCCCAGCCACUGGACCUUCCAGUCCGAACUGCCCUAAUCGCUAUUAUUGGAUUCAUGCCAACAAAAGGAGAAGGAGCAAUAGGAUCUCUUGAUUAUACCCCAGAGGAGAGGAGGGCCCUUGCCAAAAAGUCCCAGGACUUCUGCUGUGAGGCGUGUGGCUGCUCCAUGCGCUCUGCUCUCCUGGCUCUGACUCCCAACAGCCACGUCAGCGCAGAGGACCACAAGGCCAAAGAGCUGGCUCAGCAAAUCCACUUCAAGGCAGAGUCAAGUUCAUCCAGACCAGCAAGUGAGAGUGGAGGUGCUGAAAGCAAUCCAUCCUCACUCAGCCAGGGAGACACCUCCACUUCUGCCGCCCAGGAAGCUGCUGACUGUCCCCAGGCUGAACAGCCUGAGGCGUCUCCUGCCACAGGCGUAGAGGGAUCGCAGACCCACACAGCCCCCAGCACUGGUCGCCCUCUCAGUCCCCGGCAGCGUCGCUCCCAGCAGCACAGCCACCAGGGUCAGAGGGACAGCAGGCCGGCGUUCCCCGCGGUCCCUCGUCAGCCUCAGGAUGAGAGCCACGCGGCCUCAGCCGUCCUCAUUGUGGUGCUCACCCUGGCCCUGGCUGCACUCAUCUUCCGCAGGAUCUACCUGGCACAAGAAUACAAGUUUGACUACGAGCUGUGACCACACGCAGACACACUAGGCGACCCCCACCCCCACCACCUCUUCCCCCUCCAAACCUACGGGUCAGCCCCCUCCUGCCGCCACCGCAACUGAACUUCGACCAGCUGAAGUGGAAGCAAGACCGAGGGCAGCGGCCGACACACUUAACGGCAUCCGUUCCCGUCAGCGGACGGUGCAGCCAGGAACUGUCAUUCCUUCAGGGGGGAACCACUCCACUUACCACAGUGUCUCCAGGGUGUCUUUUAGUCAAUGUGAAUCCUACUCUCCAGAGUAUCAUGAAUUUUUAAGAAUGGGAAGUUUUGUUCUUUUGUGAUUGGCUCAGCAGCCACAUUCACCAAAUGUCUCCCUCUGUGUAACUGUCUUUCCUUGGGCUACCGCUUAUUCCCUUUUAUUUUAUUAAAAUUGUAAUAUGAUAUGCCAACAAUGUAGAAUUAUGGGGAAUCUUUGUCUCAGAGUAGUUAUUUGAUCAUGGAAGCAUCUGCACAGACAAUGUACCGUAAAGUUCUUAAUGUGCUUUGACUUCCUCUUCGUCACAGGGCUUUAUUUCAACAGUGCAACAUCCAGUCUAAUGUGAUAUUUUAGCUCAUGUGGGUGUAGCUGAUGUGAUACUUCAGUCUUAAUUCCUCGCCGUGCAACUGGCCUCAUCAUUGAGCAGUAGCCAACCUGAUACAGCAGCGCUGUGCAGUUCAAGAAUAAAGCAGGACAUGCCACUAUAGUGUGUUGGAAACAAAAGGAAAGGAGGCAGUCAUUGAUGAGCCCUGGUGAUCUGACGUGUCCUGUGUAAGUGGACGCUGUGCUGGGUUACUACUGACCAGUCUGAUGUGUAUGUGUGUGUGUGUGGCUGCACCUUUCACAUCAGAGGCUGAAGUUUCAUCAACACGCAGUCUGUGUCCUGCUGCCUUCAGACGUCGACAGGGAUUUAAUGAACUGAAGUAUUUUCCAUCCAGCAUACUGCAGCUGUGAUUACAUACUUUAAGAAUCAGACAGUUGUUAAUGGAUCACUGCGGACCGAUUCACUAACGUUCAUGAGCUACGUCAUAUUCUGUGACCUGGUGCAAAUGUGUGACUGCAGGGCUGUUGUAUCACACUUCCCACUGGCGAGGUCACAUAUGAGGUCACGCUUUCUGACGCAGGCCAUGAGAAAAUGUGACCCUGUUGUCCCCGGGAUAGAAAACCUGGAAAUGUAAGAGAUAAAGAAUAUGUGAAGUUGAGAUAUUAUCAUGUUUCUCUUCCCGCUUUGAGAGAAUAAUAAUGUUAAUAUCAUGUAAUGACACUUGUAAAAGGUGUAGCUGCAUCCUUGCAACAUGUCCUGCAGUCUCACAUUAAAGGGUCACACCAGCGGCUUCACACAUCAAAGUGUGUCUGCAGGUGUUGGGGUCGUAUGGAGCAGUGUGAAGUCUGAUAAAUGUCAUGGGAUGGGCCUCAAGACUGAAAAUUAUUAUUAUUUUUCUUGGUAGUGGGUGACCAUUACGAGCACGACACCUAAAUCUCCAACCAAAUUGUUGGUGUUCAAGUUGCAUUGUGGGCAAUGCAGAUAUGUUUUACAUAUAUAUAUAUAUAUGAAUGAUCUAGAGUGUGGCGGCCUGCCAUAUUCAGAUUUUUCCUGCCACAGUUUCAUAAUACACUUCCAUAAAGUUUUUACUGUCCACGCAGACAGACCUUUUUCAGCUUCAGCUGCAAUUGUGGCGUCAUUGCAGUUCUCUCGCUUAAGUCUGUGUACCUGUCACUCAGGAUCAGUUGCGUGUGAGAGUGACCGCUUCGUCUGCGAAAUGCACAAAGUCUUCUAACCCUCACCUGAGCCGGACACGAGGAUACCGAAUUCAAAAAGGAAAUUUCAAGGUGUUCCAGGGAAGGUGGUCGAACUGUCUGCUCUGGUAUAAUAACAGCACCUGGGGUUAUAAUUCCCAUCAGUCCUGUCAGGAUGAUGAGGUAACUGUUCCAGAAUUGGCUACUGAAAUAUAGCUAUUAUCCCCAUGGCAACGUUUACGACGAGAUCAUUUGAGGGGAUUAUUCGCACCAUUAAACUGACAGGUUCAGUUCAGGUUUGACUCAUCGGAUCUGUAGCCUGGCUCUGCUUUCACACCUACAUCAGUUUUUAUUUAUUUUCAUUUGAAUCUGGGCUUUUUUCUGCUGACACUGUAAAUCCAUUUGUUUAUAUCCCUCCUCCCUUGCUGCCUCUCUCCCCUGCUGUUUCGCAGUAUUCACUCCACGUCCCUGUGCAUUAAUCUCAUUUGACUGGCAUUCUCUGAAGCUGUAUGCAAACACUCAUUUCCCCCUGCUUGUAUAAAUAGACUUGAACACUGUCUAGCGUUUACCCUCUUUGAUAAACUUUGAGUAGGGUUUUUUUUUCCACUCUGAUGAGAAUCACAGGAACUGGGAAGCAAUUUAUAAUUCAUUCCGAUGGAUUUUACAGCAGCACCACACCAUACAAACAUCCAUAGGUGGUCGUAGAAACCUACCUGUGGAUUCGAUACCUUGGUAGU